CUCUGCACAGAUCACCUUUAGUACUUGGCAAGGUGACAUCGAUGGCAAGGAACUCAUCAGAGAGUAGUAGCAAGAAGAAGCAAGAAAACAGAGUGUGCGAGAAGAUCUUCAGAGCAGUGACUAGUCCUGUCCGAACCGUUCGCCGCAUCUCCACCAAACCUUCACCAGCAGAGGCUGUUCGCGUCAAAUUUGCAGAGACACCGACUCAGGCAGCCAAACCCAUUACAAAGAUGAAACCGGUGAUCGCUCGAGUGGAGACUAGUAUCAAAACGGACGAGAGGUUCACCGACUAUAUAAAGAAAGCGAAGCUGAAGAUAAGGGCGAUGACGAAUGUCGGUGAUAUGAUGAAGGAGGAUGCGUGGGAGACAAGUGAGACAGAUCAGACACGUCAUGAUCAUCAUCAUCACCAUGUCCCGAUCUCUCACGUAGGAAGUAGUGGGAGAUCAUCAGAUCAGUUCUCUGAGUACAUAAAGAAGGCAAAGAUGAAGCUCAGAUCCUCUUCCACCAUUGCUCGUGCAAACCCGACUUUCAAGUGAUGAAUUUCGACAAAAGAUUUGAAUAAUCCUGCAGGCCUAAG